CUGUCUACUCCCUAAUGCAUCAACAGCAGAUUUCCACAGAGAGAGUCUUGCUGGAUGGAUGCAGUUCUGCUGUACAGAGAGAAGUCCAUUGUAGAAGAGGCAGCGCUAACCUCAACAGAACCCAUGCAUUCUUCUCUCAGUUUAAAAAAUUCCGCCUCUUCUGUCGCUAUCACUGGUUCACUAGUAGUUAUAACCCCCUAAACCCCCCCCCGACAGUUACUGUUUUGUAAGGGGGGCGUAGUGAUGUCGGAUUUUUAUAUUAACUGCCCAUCUUGGAAACAGAAAACCCAAAUUUGCUCAAGCCGCCGCAACCAUCAUGGCUGGGUACAGUGGCCUGAGACAAUAGAGCUGGGCAAUAUGGAUCAAAGCACCAUGAUGGAUGAGCUGGUGAAGGACCUGGUGUCUGCACUGGAGCAGACCUCGGAGCAGAGUAAGCUGGGGGAGCUGUGGGAGGAAAUGGUCUUUAGUCCGCUGCAGCAGCGGCGGCAGAUCCGCCGGCGAAGAGUCCGCAAGCGCUGCCGCGAGUCCUCCGUCUAUCCGACGGAGCACAGACGUUGCUGGAUUGAGGCCUCGGAGUCCAGCUUGGACGAGGCUAAAAAAUACAGGGAGAACUCCUCUUCAACCAUCACUGCCUCUGUGGCGAACUGCAGUGACUCUGACGACUUGACUUCAACAAACCAGUGGCCCACCGUCAUGAGAGGCCCCGCCAGGAUGAGGCAGCCCUCCUGGCCGGAGUCCGACUCCUUUACUGAGAACAAUCCAGGACGGCCGCUCAGGAGGCGAAGGAAGGUCAAACGUAUGACCUCAGGCAUCACGGUCAGGCUGCAGAAGAAGUUAAAUGCGUCCGGUGUAGAUGGGAAACGGAGGUACAGGCCAUCUAGGCUACAGCAACUGUCAGGAUCGAAGAAGAGGUCUGGUGGUUGGAUGGGAGCAGACAGACAGACUGAAGGAGCCAGGCUGAUGGGAAAGGAAUGCUGGAAGAGGAAGAUGGCUAAGGAACACAGAGAUGGUGCAGAUGAGAACAUGUCUGAGGGGGAAACCAGCAGUACCUGCAGCAGUGAUCCUGGCCUUUUCACCAAUGAUGAAGGAAGACAAGGCGAUGAUGAGCAGAGUGACUGGUUCUUUGAAGGGGACUGUGGAGCUGGGACAGGCGUUGCCAGCUUGUUGCCCAACUGGGACUCAGACAACCAGCUUUCCCUUGAGGGUAACCGCCCAUCGCCCACCUUUCUGCAGCCUGCACGGCCCUCUCAGAAACGGUAUCAUUCACGUCUUAAACAACUGCCUGGCUCUGCUGCCUGCUGCAUCAGGAAGGGUAGGAGGAAGAUUCCCAGCAAGGGUCACAGCAUGCCAGUGUUUGUCGAGAGACUGAGACAUUUCUCCCAAGAUCCUUACCAGAGAGACUUUUGGCUGCCUUCUGUUGGAAAACGAGACAGAAGCCAGUUGAACCCUUUGUGCCCAUUACCCGUGUGUGCUAUUGACAUGGUGUCAGAGAGCUCCCAUCUCAGAUGUUCCUCCUCAAUCUGCAGAAACAGCCCCAGGCAGACUAACAUCACCACAGGACUGCCGUGCACAGCAGACGUCAGGAGAAGGAGGGAAACAGAAGCUGGGACCACCACAACAUCAGCUAGCAACCCAUUUCAUAAGGAUCACCAGACAGAAGAGGCACAGGGGGCCAGUACCACCUCAACCCUCGAGGCUGUGGGUGCAGCAAGUGCAGCAGUUUCACAGUCUUUUGCGCAGCCUGAGAUUUUCCUUCGGGGGGACCAUGAGGCGUCCUGAACACUGGACAAGCACCCAAGCUUGGAAGAACACGACAGAAGGAAAUCUGUUGUGCCUGAGACUGGAAAGGCUUCAGCUCCCCUUGCAGCAAAAACUUUAGGACAAAGAAAAAAAUGCAAAGCACAUCAUUACUUCUCAAAUCAGCAUGUUACCGCUAGAUCCAGUCAUUCCAGGUAGUAUACAAAGUGUGACAAAUGUUAAUGCAAUCAAGCUCUCCGUCAUCUCCUUAAGAAAGAUGGCAGCUUCAAGAGGCUCCUCGUUUGACUCCAGACUCGGUGUUUCCACACAUAGUCGCCAGGCUAUCUGCCAUAACACAAUCCCACAAUUAUUUCCACUCUAGUAGCACAGCAUUUGUCAGCAGGAACACUGGGAGGAUGGGGGCAGGUGAGGCUUUUUUUUUGGGGGGGGGGGUGGUCUCCUUUUGGCUGCCAAAAAGCACGUAGCUCGCUCUGAGACAGAAGAGCAACAGAAUGUUUAGCUGCCACAUGCUGCUACCGGGUUCAGAGAGGUCACACCGGUAGAGAGCCACACAAAGUACAGGCCUCCUAUUAGCAUGGAUUUGAAAAGCUACAGUUUGUACAAAGGUGCUCAUUAGCACAACACAGAGGGAGUGUAGUUGCGGUCCUCGGAGGGCUGCUUCUGUUCUCUCCAGCUUACCUUCCAUAUUCAAAUUCCCCCAAACGUAUUUAAGUUCAAGGCCAGCUGCAAAAUCUGUUUGAACAGCCUGUUAUUCAGCAGUGGUGGAUACGUUGCUUUUGGAGCUGUGGAGAGAGUGGAUGAGAGCCAGCAGAGAGGGGCUGAUGGAGCUCUUGGAGACAGGAGAGGAGAGUUGUACACGCUAUUUUCACCUACCCUUGGGGUAUACAUUUCCCUGGCUCCCUCGGCAUCAGAUGCAUUAAAAGAUCAAUGGCAGCAUACAGUGAGAUCAAGCAGAACAGUUCUCGCCGAGCUGGUAAACAAGCAGCAUUUUCAGAAAAAUGCAUUUUUAUCUAGAGGAGUCAAGUGAUGUACAUUCUGCUUGACAUUAAUCAUAUGGGUGAUAACUUUGUAGUCUAUAAAACAUGUACAAAACCUCCUGCAUACAACCAAGUCCUCUCUGCUGUAGUCUUGAAAAGGUAUUUUUGCAAUAAAAUGUUAACCUGAAGAGAGACAGCAGAGUGAGUUUGGGUGUGAGCAAAAGUUUUCUUGUUUUUAAAAACCGAACCAUAUUUAAAAUCCUUUCGGCACAAGAAGGACCACGUAUGCACUUUCUUUAAUGAUUACAAGAUGUCUUUCUAGUGAAAUGAACUGCAAAUCAUCAGCCACAUAUCGCAUGUCUUUUCAGACACUUUAAAAGCCUUAUUUAAGAGAAGAAUCGCAUUUAGUAGAAUGAGAUUUGCCAAUUAACAUGAGUUAUACGUCUGCAAUAAUCCGUCUGAGAAGGCUUUAUGUGAUCAUGUUGGCCAGGGAUGACAUUUAUAAAUGCUGUGUGUGCACACUCGUCUAAAUGGAUGCCUUACACAAGACAUUCUGCCACAGGAAUCAGUCAAAGUGUUGAGGCAGAGAGCACCCGACCCCCCCAGCCUCUGCUGCUGGAGCUUGACCAGGGAGUCCAGCAGCACCGUCAGGCUCUUCCCACACCAGGAAUACACCUUUGAUUGAUAGGAGUAGCACAGGAUGAGGUUCCCAAUUAUAAAAAAGAAGUUGUCGAUAAAUACAUUGACGACUUUUUUAAGACAUAUGCCCCUGAACACAUUGACAAGUACUGACUGUGUAGUGUUUUAAGGAGAGCUUCUUGCCGCAGCCUUAUCCGUCAGUCUGUGUUUUGGAGCCAAGGCAGUGACACGGGAGGAAGACGCAUCAGUUCAGAUACAGUUCCAUUAGUGGAAGGAGGGAAACCCCUCACCUGCCUCUCUGGUAAUUAGCAAUCACCAUAAUGACGUCUCGGCCGGACUGUAUGCCCCAAAAUGAAUUUCCAAUGGCGCGGAAGUGGGGGAAUGGUUUCCGUGCGGCCAGUCAAUUGCCCUGUUACAGUUAAGGAAUCCAGCAGGCUGGUACCACUCAUAUUUCAUCCCAGGUAAAGAUUACCUGUCAGCCCCAUGGGAGAUGUAUUGAUCUGUUUUCCUUUUUCCUGCCAAGCAAUCACCUGACAAAGGCACCUAGGAGGCGAGUGAAUGAGUGAUGCCUGGUCUGUCUGCUCCAGCACGGUGGCUUCUAGUGUCCACUGAUGGGUGGAGAGGUGAUGAGGAAGAGGAGAGAUAAUGCAGUCAUAAACUCUGUUUGAACCUCUUCUGUAUGCAUGCAGGGCAGCCCCUUUGUGCCCCAGGUCACAGGUCACUGGGGAGUUUGCUUUUCUUGGCUCCUUUCUUGUCUGUAGCGUUUGUUCUUGCUAUGUACUGUGUAGUGAUGACAGAAACACAUGCAAAAGAGGCUCUCUGGUUCUUGCUGACAAAUGCAUGUUGCGAGUCACCGUAGUUCAACUCACUUUGGGUUAAAAAAGCGAUCCUGGUUUGAUCUGGGCACUCUCUCACAAUGAAAUCCAAGCUUGUGCGGUCUUAGGGUUUCCUGUGACUGUCGGUGUGGCAGUGAUCAAUAUAUUUGACAUGUCAUGUUUUCUUGGCAGCUAAAAGUAUUUAUAUCUUUGCCUUGUUCAAUGGAAUGUUCCAAAUUUAUAUUAUCCAUGAUGCCAUGCAUUUAAAGUGAUUGCACUGUAUAAAAUGUGUAGUAUUUAUGAUGUGAUGCAUAAUUAUAGGUCCUUUAAUUGAGGAUUUAGGUCUGAGGACAUUAAAUUCAUAAAUUCAUUUUCAUGAUAGAUAGUACAGUAGAUAUGUCUCUCUAAUUUUUUACUAUCAUAUUUUUAAAUUUCAUUUACAAGGAUUUAAAUAUAUCUCCCUGAUAUCAGGGCUCUUAGGCAGCUAUCCACAUUUGAUACGUGGUACAAAUAGUAUCUUAUCUCAUAGGCUGUUAUCUUUAUAUUUAAUAGCAGUGGGGGCAUGCCUAAUUGCUUUGCAAAUGAUCUAAAGAGGAUUACUCCUCCCUUAGAAAGCCUGCAUGGUGUCACUAGAUGUUAGAAAGACAUUACAAUGGUAAAAUUCAAUCAAACCUGCAGUGCAGCGUUUUUGUAGCAGUAGUUCUGUUUUCCGUGGUCGUCGCUCAGUGUUAUGUCAAAAUAAUUUGUCAGUAUGAAGCGGAUUCUCUGCUUUAGACUAAACUCUGUAUGAAUUGAUUAUGGACUAUUACAGAUAAGAAAGUGUUUUAAGAAAUUGUACUUCUACUUACGUCAUUUGUGUAUUUUUAAAAUGACACAAAUGAGAUUUUGAAGGAUUAUGUAAUGUCUUACCUUCAUGUCAUACAGUAAGUGAAGUUAUAAUCAUUCCUCCAUGUCAUGAGUAUUUAAAGAAAAACUGAAAUAGCUGAUUAUUUCAAAUACUGAAUUUGUGUGCAAUAAACACAUUUUGGAAAUUAUUAUGGUAUGAAAUGUGUAUGUGAAGAUUUGGCUUGACAUUGAGGUUAUAUGGUCUGUACAUAUUUACUGACUUAUAUGUACAUAUUCACAUGCCAGUUGUAUUUUUUUUGUUGAGAUUUUAAUGGAUUUUUUUAAACAUUUAUUUUAUAGUCGUAAAGUAUGGAGAGACAGGAAACACUGAAGAGAGAGGGGAUGAUUACAUGCAAAACGGUUUCUGACUGGUAUCGAACUCGGAGCUUUGUGGUUACAGUACUUGCUAUGAAUUUUAAUCACCCAACCAACGUAUUUUUAAUUUAAA